AUAGAUGAUGCCAAAAGGUGCAGAGCAAAAGUGUUAAGUGCACCUUUCUUUAAUACCAAUUAUAGAAAAGGAAAAGUGGUCAUUUAAGGGAAGUGGUUGAGAUGUGAUUGCCAUGCAAAUGUGAAGAAAGAACAAACUGGAAAAGUUGAAAACAAAAAUUGAACCUUUUGAAAAAGUAAAUCGGUCUUCUGGCUGAUAAUUUGAUUAAGAGGAGGUGAGAUGGGUGCAAUGAUUCCAUUAAAUGGGUUUUACCAAUAAAUUCCAGCACCAUUAGUCCCAUUAAUUGCCUCCAACUAAUUUGCACAUGCAAUUGCUUUUAGUGGCCAAAAUUAUCCAAGAAACAUAUCUAUUUCCGUGAUUAUUAACAACCAAUAAAGGCAAUCUGAACCAUGGUAGCUCCGCAAUGGCUUCAGUAGGCAAGCAAUCUUACAUAAGACUGAAAAAUGAAGAAGAAUUGGAAGAAGAGAUAGUAAAGAGAGAAGUGAAAAAGGCAAGGGCGUGGCUUAAGUUUCGGGCUCUAGCGGGUAGAAGAAGGCCAAGGCUUCGUGUUGCAGCACUGAGAAGAUUUCUUAGAAAAAGAACCAAGUUUCUGUCCAAAUUCAGGGUUUCGUGGCGCAAGGCCUUGAAGAGAUUGAGGAAUGGACAGAGUCACAUGAAUGAUCUGUUUGGAGGAAAUUUGUUGCUGAUGCAGGGAAAUCUUGCUCCUUUCGAUUGCGGUAAGAAACCUUACAUGGCUCAUGUCCUUCAACCAUCACCCAGGACAAUCCUCUAAGAAUUUUAGUUUUCAUGGUAUAGGAAAAUUUAUAUUUCUGUUACUCUCUCCCAUGGCUAUUUCUGCAACGAACAAAGAUAACAAAAAUAAAUAAUAGUGAUGUAAUACGGGCACAAAUGCAACUAUGUAAAAAUAAUUCUAUAAAUGAUAACUAUGUAAAAAUAAUUCUAUAAAUGAUAACUAUCGUUUUCUCUU